AGUCGGCAGAAUGUGAACCAUGCACUGUAACACCUAUUUUCCUCCGUCUAGUCUUCCCUGCUAUCAGUGGCCAAGCUGGAAUAGUGGGAGCUGAAAGACCAACCUAAACUGGAGCAGCACUUGGCCAAGCAGCGUCGCCCUCGCUAGAUACAUUUUGCCAAGAUGUUGGCCGAAGGGUGCUCUUUUGUGAAAGGGAUGGCCUUGGGAGGACUCUUCUGUCUAGUGCUGUCGCUCCUGGGUAGUUCCAGCCCCAAAACCCAGCCUGGGUCGGAGGAGCAUCACCAUCACCACCAUCACGUCCAGGCGCCGAGUAAUGAUGAGCUAAAGCACCUCUUGCACGCUGAGGCUCAGGAAUUGACAAAUCAGGUCCGCGUGUAUUGCGUCAUCAUGGUACAGCCCAAGGUUCUGGUCCACUGGGCCGCCGCCGUGGACACCUGGAGCAAACACUGCGACAAGGCUGUGUUUUACACCUCAGAGUCCUCCAAGGCCCUGGAGGCGGUGGACCUGAGCGAAAAGAAUGAUUGGGCGAGGCUGCGUAAAGCUCUGAAGCACGCCUACGAGAACGCCGGGGAUUUUCGCUGGUUCUAUAUAUCGCAGCCCACCACGUUCGCCAUCAUCGAGAACCUCAAGUACCUGCUGCUCACUAAGGACCCUAGCGAGCCAUUCUUCAUAGGAAACGCCAUGAAGUCCGGCGAGCUGGAGUACAUUGCGUACGACAGCGGCAUCGUCCUCAGCUACGAGGCUCUCAGGAGGCUGGUGGGCGUUUUCGAAGACAGUAACAAGUGUCCCAAGAGAGGACACAGCCUGUGGAUGCUGAGCGAAGACAAGCAGCUGGCUGUGUGCCUCAAGUACACAGGCGUGUUUGCCGAAAACGGCGAGGAUGCGCACGGCAAGGGCCUGUUCAACAGCAAGAGCAUAGAAACGUUGAUAAAGGAUAGCAUGAAAAACAACCCCAAAAACGUGGUGGAAGGCUGCUGCUCCGACAUGGCUGUCACCUUCAGCGGGAUGAGCGCAAAUCAGAUGCAGGUGAUGAUGUAUGGUGUUUACAGACUGCGUCCUUUUGGGCACAAUUUUCACGACUGGUUGACGUUUAACCCCCCGGAAGGUUCAGAAAAUGACUAGCUCUGGGUUUUUUAUAGUAUUGGAAGAUAGUUUUCUAAUGCUGAUUUGUCAAACUGGAUGUUUACUGCAGAGGGAAUCCAGCUUUUACAAGUUUUGUACCUUUUGCACUCUUUGCACCAGAUUCCUGUGGUGUUAACCGUCGAUGGGCACACCGUCCUUUUGAAUGAAGACAAGAGCUACAUCAAUAAUGUGCAUAGUUUACCAGCAGGUUUUGUUUCUUGUUCAAUAGCUUUUUAAUGUAUUUCUGUCUUAAGUGUGGUGGUCCUGAAGCUGCAUAACAUCGAACUUUUGUAUGGAAGCACCAAAUGUUCUGUUGUUUUACUCAUCUUCUGACCUAAUUUGUUGGUUCUGUUGUGGAAGAUCACAGGUAGCAACAACCUAUGACAACAGUUUCCUGAUACUGAUUGGAGACCGUCUUCUAGAAUCUCUUACGUGGGUGGUUACUUUUUGUGUGUGUGUCGAAUCAAUACUGGAUAACCUGCACUUGACAAUGACUAAAUUGUUAUUAAAAAAAAUAAAAGUGGGAAAAGACGCAA